CUCUAUCCCCGCCCACCUUUUUACCGUGCGUGGUCCGGUCAGACGUCAGUUCCUGUCGGAAAGAUUCCCAGAGAAGGACGCGAGUACGAGCGGGCAGGUGUGUGUGUGUAUCUGCAGUACUGAUGCCUCACGACGAAUGAAUCGGCAGUUUGAUUCGCUAGCGUUAUUGGUCUCUCUCAGGGUCUGUCCGAGCGGUGAAUGCGGGCUCCGCCGAGUAGCUGACGGGGGUUUGAGGUUACAUGGAGGGCCUUGCUAUGGGGGGUGGGACGGUUGGGACUAACGGUUGCUGUUCCUCGAGCUCGCCCUGACCUCGCGCCACUAUUGUCUCGGAGGGAGCUCGCGGUGUCCCCGCGCCGCCAUUUCCCUCUACCAGCAUCCACCCCCUCCCCCCAGUGACCGGCUCCCAGUGCUGGCAGGUGGCUGCCGGGAUUCAGGGGCUGGGGGGGGGGAGUGAAGGGGGGGAACCGUGAUCGCAGGGGUUAAUGCAGGAUAGUUUGAUUCAUGUGCUUCAGCUUCAUGUGGACUACGUUUCCCAUGGUGCUCAGCGAGCCGUGAGGGAUGAGUAGGCCGCAAGCCAAUGGGGCCAGGCCUGGCAGAUGAUAGCAGAUAGAUACACGACGCUGAACAUAAAUAACCCUGUGGGCAUGGUGUCCUGCUCUUUGUUUAUGGGUUUUUUCUUUAUCAAUCAGUUUAAACUUUAAUUAAAAUGUAGUGUAGAUUGAUGGUAUAUGGUGGUAAUCUUUUUUUAGAGAACCAUAAAGCCAUGACUUGCAGUUAUGUGUUGUGCUGGAAAUGAAUAGUCCAGUGAGAAGGUUCCUGGUAGAUGGAUAGCUGUGUGUCUCUGCCUGUUUGUUGCAUUAGGCCAGUCGGGUUUUAAUUAAAACACUCGGCUAACUAGAGGGAAUGUAGCCUGCUCUCACUAUCAGUGCCAUCUGUACAGUCCUACAUGACACACCUCAAAAUCUGAAUACACUCCACUGUCAGAUUAGUUCCUGAAAAGGGAAUUAUGGGCAUAUAAUUUGCAGAUUUUAGACCAAAAUAGGCCAUCUUAAAAUGGAUUCAUUUUUUUUUUUUUUUUUUAAUUAAAAAAAACUCCAAACUGAUUGAUUUAUAUAUAUAUAUAUUUAUUUAUAUAUAUAUAUAUAUAUAUAUAUAUAAAACUCAGUCAGUUUGGAGAUUUUUUAAUAAAAAAAAAAAAAAUUUAAUAUAUAUAGUGUCUGUCCAAUUUUCUUUUAGUUAGACUGGGCUAUAGAGUAAAUAGUGACUUCUUGGGAUUCGUAGUUUAUAGUUAAAUCCCCCUCUCAUAAUAUUGUAAAGCAUUACAUAAUCUGUUGGUGCUAUAUAAACGGCAAUAAUACAUUCAUAAAAUGCAAUGUAAACUUAGGUUUGUUUUUUUAAAGGUUAACAUUGCCACUGUGAAAAUUUGAAUUUUAUUUUUCUUAAGUUCAGCUAUUGUGGCCUGAAAUUUGAAAUUCAUGACAUUACACACUUUAGGGAAUGUUGGAAGUAUUUUUCCCUCUGUAUGGCUACAUUGAUAGAAAACAUGAAAAUUAAUUUAACCCCCAAAUGAACAUGCACCCAAAUACUCAUUUCAUUUUAAUGGUACCUGUGAUCACAUAAAAUUUUGACCGGUUUUACAAUAUAUUUAGCUAUAAUUCAUGACAACACCUCGAAUACCGCUCUUGAACUGCAGUAGUUGCAGAAAUAGUAAUUUAUAUUUCGUCAUCCGAUUUCUGUUAAUAUUCUACAUAAUCUGUAUUCCACUCUUUUCUACUUCAUUUAAUGCAAUGUAAAAAAAAAAAAAGUAACUUUUUUCUCUAUGGCUGUGCUUUAAUUUUGAGUAAAAUGUUGUUCAUUGCUAGAGGCUGCAUUUAGGUUAGGUUAAAGUACCACUAUAGUGCCAGGAAAACAUACUCGUUUUCCUGGCACUAGAGUGCCCUGUGGGUGCCCCUCCCUCCGGGCUCUAUGGGGAGGAAGGGGUUAAACUUACCUCUUUCUCCAGCGCCAGGCGGGGGACUCCUCCUCCAUAGCGAUGUCAUCGGCUGAAUGCGCAGCAUCAGCCACGCGCAUGUUCAGCCAGUCCAUAGGAAAGCAUUCUCAAUGCUUUCCUAUGGACGCUGGCGUCUUCUCACUGUGAAAAUCACAAUGAGAAGCGCGGAAGUACAUCUAGCGGCUGUCAAUUAGACAGCCACUAGAGGCUGGAUUAACCCUAUUAUUCUCUGAAACUGCUAUGUUUAUAGAAGAAAGGGUUAAUCCUAGCUGGACCUGGCACCCAGACCACUUCAUUAAGCUGAAGUGGUCUUGGUGCCUAUAGUUGUCCUUUAACCUGCCACUGUUGGUUUCCUGUUGCCUUUUGCAAUAUCAUUGAACACAUGAUUUUAGAAAUGUUUACUUAAUGCCAUGUGCAUUGCUGUUGAUGUAGAAUUCCAAAAUAAGAACACAUUAUAACCAAGCUUUUUAUUCUGUGUUUUUCCCCUUGUUGUUUUAAAAAUGGUUUUGG